GCAAAAACAAAACCAAGAAGGUCGAAGCGAAGUUGCUGAUGCAGCUGUACUCCUGUCAGCACCGGAGUGUCUGAGAAAGUUUGAAUCUUUCAGCUUCACGUCGAUGCUAUGCUGUCUGGAAUAAUGUGCAGCCAUUCAUGGGAAUAAUCAGGAUUUUGGCUCCUUAUUUGACUCUGAUUCGUCCUAAUUUAGGUCAGAAUCAUAAGCUAAUCAUGGCCAGACGACUUUAUGCGAGCAGAACAAUCGGUGUGGAUAAGAACGUUUGGGUUGAAUUCACACAGCUGGCCGCAGAUUACAAAGCUGUGAACCUCGGACAGGGAUUUCCCGACUUCUCCCCGCCGCAGUUUGUUCAGGAUGCUUUCUGUAAGGCUGUGAGCGGAGGACCCCAGAUGCACCAGUAUACCAGAGCUUUUGGCCAUCCUCGUCUGGUAAAAAGCCUCGCUAAAUUCUUCAGCCGGAUCGUUGGGCAGGAGAUCGACCCCUUUGAAGACGUCUUGGUCACAGUUGGAGCUUAUCAGGCUCUUUUCUGUGCAUUUCAGGCUCUGAUUGAUGAUGGAGAUGAAGUGAUAAUUGUGGAGCCGUUCUUUGAUUGCUACCAGCCGAUGGUUCUGAUGGCGGGAGGGACCGCGGUGUAUGUGCCGCUGAGACCGAAAGGGGGCAGCACCGUCCUGUCAAGUGGAGACUGGGUUCUGUCUGCUGAGGAGCUCGCCAGCAAAAUCACUCCCCGCACAAAAGCCAUCGUUAUCAACACUCCCAACAACCCUUUAGGCAAGGUUUACAAGGUUGAGGAACUGCAGAUGAUUGCCGACUUGUGCAUUAAACACGAUCUGCUGUGCUUCAGCGACGAGGUGUACGAGUGGCUCACUUACGACGGAGCCAAGCACAUAAAGAUAGCCAGCCUUCCUGGGAUGUGGGAACGAACCAUAACAGUGGGCAGUGCUGGGAAAACCUUUAGUGCUACUGGCUGGAAGGUUGGCUGGGCUAUAAGUUCAGGAAAACUUAUCAAACACAUGAAAAUCAUCCAUCAGAACUCGGUGUAUCACUGUGCAACAGCAGCUCAGGAAGCCGUAUCCCACGGAUUCGACCGCGAGUAUGAGCUUUUCGGGACUCCAGAGAGCUACUUCCAGCAGCUGCCUGCGAUGCUGCACCAAAAGAGGCAGAAGGUGGCCUCGUGUCUGCGUAGUGUGGGCCUGCAGCCAGUCAUGCCAGAGGGAGGAUACUUCAUGAUCACAGACAUCUCCUCUGUCCAUGUGGAUCUAAAUGAUGAGAGCACCAAGAACGAAAGUUACGAUUUUAGAUUUGUCAAAUGGUUGAUUAAGGAAAAGGGCUUAGCGACAAUCCCAGUCUCUGCUUUCUUCAGUCCAGAACACAGCAAAGAGUUUGACAAAUACAUCCGCUUCUGUUUCGUUAAGGAAGACUCCACACUGGAAGCGGCGGAAGAGAUCUUAAGAAAGUGGAGUCAAAAAGAAUGAAAUUUACCGUCCAUCAUCCAUGUUUUCUAGAGCAACCUACUGAGCCUCCUCAGGAAAACUGUUCAGGAAUCAUGUUUAUGUUUGUGUUUGUCCUCGGUCAAAGUUUUUCACACCACUCAUCUGGUCUGAAAGUUUAAUAAAGCAUUCAGCAAACAGUUGUUCUGUGUUCACAUUAUGCUUGUGAUGAUUAUAGCUGCUAAGUGAUUUCACUCAUUGUUUUUCGACAAUUACUUGUGUGGAGAUUCUAGUUAUUUUUGUCGCUGAUCUUUUUGUAUUUUUUUGAGAGGAUGUUGAAUGCUAGAGUUUCAGAUUGUUACAUACUUGCACAAUCUGUAACAAUUGUUACAUAUUUUUAAUUUUAUGAAUGCAUGUCCUAUUUAGCAUCCUUAGUUUUUUAAAAUGUAUCAACUACACAAAUACUUUUUUCCAACAAAAAAGGGGAAAAAUGUGUCUAUUGCAAACUGUAUGUUUUAAUUACAUUUUUGUCAAAGAAUUCCAAUUCUGUUCUAUAAAUGUUAAAUAAUUAUUCCCCUUAAAGAUGUUAAAAGCACUGUUAUGUGUGUAUGACUCCCUGUGUUUUAUCUGUUUUAUCGGCACACUGCUGCACACUAAAUUAACCAUAAACAUGUAAGACUGACUAAGCUGGUCAACCAAUCGCAAUAGAAAUAAAGUCAAUUUGCUAAUAAA